AGCUGUCCGCAAUGCGGGUGCGACCUGCGCGUGCUGGCGCAGCCCGUCGAUGAGACGCAGGCCGCCCUCCUCGUCGCCCAGAAGCAUAUCUCGGACCUCGAAGCCCAGGUGCGCCUGCUCAACCAAAAGGCGUCGGCCGCUGUCGACCGCUGGGCCGACUACGAAGACGAGCUGGCCAAGCUGCGG